AUGGCGAAAAAGGGGUCUGUCUUUGGCAAUUUACGUCAAUUGGAUGGCUAUGCAAAGACUUUGGAUGACUUUCGUGUCAAGACGACAACAGGUGCUUCCGUGACACUUAUGAGUACACUUAUUAUUCUUACAUUGGUUUGCUUUGAACUGAUGGCAUAUACCACACCCAUCUGGCGACCGAGCCUUGUGGUGGAUCAGAGUCGAAAAGAGAAAAUGGCUAUUAAUUUUAAUAUUACCUUUCCUCACAUGCCUUGUCAUUUACUGAAUGUAGAUAUUAUGGAUGAUACAGGAGAACAUUCAUCAGGUUAUUCUCAAGAUGUGACCAAGGUCAGAUUGGAUUUAUCAGGCAAAGAAAUCGAGCUGGGAGAAACUGUGAAGUUGGGAGAUAAUACAAAGGAUGUGGUAAAGGCAUUAGGAACCCAAAAAGAAUGUGGUAGUUGUUAUGGUGCGGUUUCUUUACGUGAAGAUGGAUGUUGUAACACAUGUCAAGAUGUACGUGAAGCCUAUGUAAAAUCUGGUUGGGGUAUGGUCAAUGUAAACAUCAUUGAUCAAUGUAUUGCCGAAGGUUGGAUUGAUCGUGUUCAAAAGCGUUCCAAUGAAGGUUGUAACGUCUUUGGUAAUUUAUGGGUGAAUAAAGUACGUGGUAAUUUUCAUUUUGCACCAGGGGAAGCCUUUCAAACAUCCAGUAUGCAUAUCCAUGAUCUCAAGGAGUUCUCCGAUGGGGCUCCCGAUGGCCAUCAAUUUGAUUUAUCGCAUAUCAUUCAUAAAUUAAAGUUUGGCCCUGAUACACAUUUAACCUCCGAAGCCAUUUCUGCUGCAACCGAUCCUUUAGCUGGUACCACCAAGACGGCUCAUCAAGGUAACACACACACACCCCUUAUUUUUAUAACAUGA